AUGGAUACUCUCUCAGCAUCCGUUUCAUCCUUCAAUCUCCCUUCUCUCCCUCCACCGCCGCAGCCACCGAUUAGAUCCAUCGCCCGCCGGUUCAAAUCCACCGUAAACGCAACCGCUUCUUCUGCGUCUACCAAUCUUUCAAAGCCAACAUCAUCCGCUCCAUCUUCAUACACGCACAACAAAACCGGUAAUUUCCCCGGUGGAAUCUCGUUUCCGCUUCCGCACGCAAAACCCUUAAGAGCUCCGUCUCCGUCCCCAUCGACGCACGAGAAAGCGGCGUCUGGAUUUGCUGCGGCGCUCGUUAGCGUUUGUCAAUCGAAGAAUUGUCUUGGUCGGACUCGAGAAGAUGUCAGAAGAUUGAUGGAGUUUCUCGUGGGAGACGAAAAGAAGAGGCACAACAACAAGGUCUUUGUCAGUGACGUCGUCGAGAGAGGUAAAUUUGGUAAACACUUGAAAGGCUUGGUCAAGAUGUUGAUUGCAAAAGGUAAAUCAGGGAUUUUGUUUGAUGUUUUAAUGGAGUUUGAGAGAAUCUGUAACGAAUUAGUCCUUGUUGGUACAACAAAACUUGUCUGGGUUUCUUAA